GAGACACACACCUGAGACUCACGGAGAUGUUGUUUCCUGAGGUUUCUUCUUUUCUGAGAUGAGGAUCUUCUUCUUCUUCUUCAGUCGCGGGAGGUUCAGCGGUUUGCGCGGCAGGAGGAGAUGAAACUUUCCUCCACAGAGACCGAGCGCCCGGACACUUUUACACCAGUAAAACAGUCACUUUACCAUAUUUACAUCGAGUUCUGCUUCCAGAAGAUUUGUAAAUGAAGAUUUCUGCCUUUUCACAACGGCUAGCUGUCGCGGCUUUUAUCCUUCGCGUCUGUUCUCAGGUGUGUGCCGUUCCUCCAGAAUGUGAUCUAGAUGUCCUGCUUCUCCAAGAGGAGGAAACCUGCCACAACAUCAUCAAACAGGAGAACCGGACAGAGAGCAGCUCCACACACACAGGCUGCAGUGCAUUAUGGGACGAUCUGAACUGUUGGCCUCAUGCAGAAGCUGGAGAGACCGUUUCACAGCCCUGCCCCAGUUUCCUGCGGGUCAAAGGAGCUGUGAUGAAGAACUGCACUGAGAACGGCUGGUCUGUAACCUUCCCUCCGUAUGAACUCGCCUGUGGACACGGACUCAAUGACAGCUUUCACUUUCCCAGCGACUCGGUGCUGGUCUCAGACGAGUACUUCUUCUAUGUGAAGAUCAUGUAUUCAGCAGGAUACGCCGUCUCUCUUGUGUCACUCAGCAUUGCUCUUACAGUGCUGUGUGUGUUCAGGUAACAGCUGCAGCCGGGCUGUAAAGUGGCGCUGUUCCUCUCCAAUUACUGCAUCCUGGCUAAUUACAGCUGGCUGCUGGUGGAGGCUCAUUACCUGCACAGCCUCAUCAACCUCUCACUGCGCUCGCAGAAGAAGCGCCUGCACUGGUACAUCCUGCUCGGCUGGGGAAUCCCGAUGCUCAUCAUUAUCAGCUGGAGUUUGGCCAAAUAUCUGCACCAGAAUGAAGGAUGCUGGGAGACAAGAGAUCAUGGCUGGAUAUGGUGGAUCCUGCGAGUUCCCGUCAUCAUUUUUAUCACAGUGAACAUGCUGUUUUUUCUGAGCAUUAUUCGGACGUUAGUGGGAAAACUGAAAGCAGCUGACAUGCACGGAAAUGAAAUUAACCAUCACAGGAAGCUGGCGAAAUCCACAUUUCUCUUAGUGUCGCUGUUUGGUCUGCAGUAUGUGCUCUUCGCCUUUUUCCCUGACCGGGUUAGCGUGCUAACCUUCAAAAUCUGGAACGUCAUUGAGCUAGCAUUAGCAUCCACACAGGGCUUUAUUGUGGCACUGCUGUACUGUUUUUUAAACGGAGAGGUACAGUAUGAAGUCCAGCGGCGGUGGAGACGGUGGCGUCUGAAGCAGCAUUUUCACGGAGAGCCCAGAGUUCAUCACAGCUCUCUGAGCAACAGUGGACUCCCGCUGACCCAGGUCUCUCUGCUGACUCGACCCAACACACAGAUCACCUGAACAACACUGGUAUCUUCAAAAAACAACCCAGGCUCAUUGAA